AGUGCAGCAGCUCUGUGGUUUUCUGGAGAGUCCAAAUUAUAGACUACAGACUCUGAGGGUCAAUAACAAGACAGUUAAAUCUUCCAGAGACAAAACCAUGAUUGAGAAGGCAGCAGCUGAAGAAGAUAGUGGGUACUUAAAGAAGCAAGAGAAAUCCGUCACAAACAGUGACUCUGAGGUCAGACUGAAUCCAGACUCAUUAGACACUCAGCUUGAUUUGUCUAAGGAUGACACAGAGCUCAUUAAGCCUCCAUCAAGCUUCACACCUGAAGUACAAACUGAAUCCACACAAAUCUCCUACAGGUUCAGGUGUCCUGGUCCAGGUGUGUUCCUGUGUACUCUGACCAGACUGGUGUUUGUUAUGGCUCAGGAGGCGGAGGUGCUGUACCGGACUGUACAAUGGGAUGAGAGCCUCCUUCAGCCAUCUGGAAAAACAGCUGCAGGACCGCUGUUCAACAUCACAUGCUCUGAGGAUGCUGUCCGUCAGCUCCACCUGCCACACUGUGAAACAAAGGAGGUGGUGCAUGUUGACGGCCUGCUGUCUGUUGCCCACAUCUCUGAUAAUGGGAUGACCGUCUUGGAGCCGCUGGAGAUCACUGCCACCCAUGUGGUUGUGAAGGUCCCUCACCUUUCUGCCUUUGGCCUCAUCUGGGAUGUCUUUAAGCGGUUCCUGAACAUGGAGGAACCCGUGUCUGCCCAACAAGGACAUGUGGCUGAAUACAUCCAGACCCCUGCUGACUGCCUUUUCAGCUUCGGUCAAAGGUACAGUGUCCACUGUGACCCUGAGAGCAGGAUACAGCCAGAGACGCAGAGAUUGCUGGAGCUGUUGGCCAUGUUUGAGUUGGGUCCGCUGGCUCGCUUGGACCUGAGGCAGUACUACCUGCUGCUGCUGCAGCGCUACAGCCGAGACCUGGAGCUGCUGAGGAAGACCUACCAGAAACACAAGGACCGGCCGCCCAUCGGACGCAACCUGCCGCCGGUGUCAGGCAGGGUCCUCUGGAGCCGGCAGCUCUUCAGGAAGGUUGAAGCUCCGAUGUUGAUCCUGAAGAAGAAGCUUGACUUCCUGAAGGGACCAGAGAUGACAAAAGUCAUCCGGAGCUACAACCAGCUGGCUGUGGUGUUGCUGCAGUACGAGGUGCUGCACCUGCAGGGGUGGAGUCAGGCUGCAGAGAGCGCGCCACGGUGCCUGGGCACUGCCCUGCUGGUCCGACAUGAAGACAGCAAGGAGGUCUCGGUGAACCUGGACCCUGUGGUGCUGGAGGUGCUGCAGGAAGCUCGGUGGAUGACCAAACUGGGCGUGAACGUGCCAAAGGUCAUCCAGAAGAUGACCUCCAGAGAACCAGAGCUCAGAGAUUUGUACAGCCGACUGCUGGAGAUGCUCCAGGACUACAGCUCUGUGGUGGGCAGGGUCCCACCUCUCCUCCUCCCCAUCAUGCAGCCCUUCAUUGGCCGUGUGGAGGAAGCUCUCUCCCCUGGGCUCACCUCACUGUCCUGGACUGCUCUCAACACUGAGCGGUUCGUGCAGAAUGUGUAUGUGGCUCUCAAAGACCUGGACCUGGUGUCCAAAAUGGCGAAAGACCUGUUGGACUGUCGCAUCGGCCGGCUGCUUGGGGCCAUGUCGUCCUGCCGUCUGCUGGUCCUUCCUGAAGACUCGUCUGUUCUGAACUUCCAGAGAAACACAUUUGCUCUGUUUCAACCAACAAAUCCUCUUACAAGCCGCCUGAGCUUGGACUGUUUCCUCUCAGCCACCAGAUCCUCCCUGGAGGCCCUGAGGAGGAGACUUCAUGUCUCCAAAAAACAGCCACACUUUUCCUCCUUGGUGUCUUCCUCCAGCGGUGCCCAGCCAGCUCCUCCUCCACCUCUCCUCACAACCUCCAUCCAGCUUGCAAUCCCCAACAUGGUCCUCAGACCCAGUCUGGAUGACAUUCAGUCUGUGGUGAAUAAGCUGGUGGGCGUCGUGCUGUCUGUGACCAAAGACGUCCCUCUGUGGACUUACUCUCACCUGCAGUACAAACAGCAGCAGGCGGAGCAGGCGGCGGGUCGUAGCGGAGGAGAGGACGUGGCAGUGAAGCCAGCGGUGCUGCGAGCGCUGGACAGACAGCUGGCUGAACACAAAGACAUCAGCAGGUUGGUGAUGCAGCUCAGCUCCAUCGUGUCACACCUGAAAGCUCAGGCUGCUGAAACCCUGAAUGACCUCGGCCACUUCUCCACCCUGUGGAACCAGAGGCUGGAGGAACAGAUUUCGGAGCUCCCUGCGUUUUACACAGCGGGUUCGAUCCUGUUGGACACCGACCAGCUGAAGCGUUCGCUCACUCACGAGUGUCGCUCCUGGAAACUAGCUUUCGGCGCCGCUCUGAACCGCCGAGCGUCCGCCGACAUGAACGACAUCCUGUCGUUCGUGGACGCGCUCACGAAGCGUCUGCAGCAUCCAAUCUCAGACCUGGAUGAUGUCAGAGCAGCCAUGGCUGCACUCAGAGAGGUUCGGGAGGCGGAGUUUCGCAUCGACGCCACCAUCGGGCCGCUGGAGGAAUCCUUCGCCCUGCUCAACAGACACGAGCUGCUCUACGGUGACGGGAACGGCGAGCGUGUGGACGGCCUGAUGUACGCCUGGAAAAGCCUCACUGACCUGGUGGUGCAGACCCAGAACACUCUGGUGCAGAUUCAGCCCAGCAUGAAGACAGACCUGCUGUCUGCAGUGCAGAGCCUGCAGAGCCAGGCUCAGAGCUUCUGCACCGACUACAACCAAAGGGGCCCGGGGGUGGAGGGCGUGGCCCCGGCUGAAGCCAGUGAGCGGCUGCAGAGUUUUCAGGCCGAGUUCGAUCAGCUGUGGAGGAAGUACACCACCUGCUCAGGUGGAGAAGAGCUGUUCGGGCUGCCUGUGAACGAGUAUCCGGAGCUGCAGAGGAUCCGGAGGGAGCUCUCCCUGCUGUCCAAACUCUACAGUCUGUACAGCUCGGUCACCGACAGCAUCGCCGGCUACUACGACAUCCUGUGGGCCGACCUCAACAUCGAGAAGAUCAGCGCGGAGCUGCAGGACUUCCAGAACAGACACUGGACUCGUCUCAGCGAUGUGACCGGUCACAGCUUCCAGGUGGACUCUGACAGUUUGUGCCUGAGAAACAUUAUAGAGGCUCCACUGCUGAAACACAGAGAGGACAUCGAGGCUCAUCUGCUCAGUCUGUUCGAUAACGUUAACAGAGUUGUUUUCAAUGAGAACAUCUACGACCAGAUGAUCAUUUUCCAGUCCCAAGAAGGAGAAACUGUGGAGCUGAGGCACCCAGUCCUGGCACAGGGGAAUGUGGAGGUGUGGUUAGGAGAGCUGCUAGCUGGGGUGAGGGGAACCCUUCAUGCUAUCAUCCGUCAGGCUUACCUGGCCAUCAGUGACUCCGCCUUUAAGCUUCUGGAGUUCCAGUCGGCGUUCCCGGCUCAGAUUGGCCUGCUGGGAAUCCAGAUGAUCUGGACGAGAGACGCAGAAGAAGCACUCGUCCUCAGUCUGGCUCAGUCCGGAGCCUGGGGCUGCUUUGAUGAGUUUAACCGCAUCGAGCUGCCGGUGCUUUCUGUUGCCGCCCAGCAGAUCUACAUCGUGCUGCAGUGUAAGAAGAACAAGAAGAAGCAGUUCGUCUUCACCGACGGAGACGUGGUCGACAUGGAUCCCGAGUUCGGCAUCUUCCUCACCAUGAAUCCCGGUUACGCCGGCCGUCAGGAGCUGCCGGAAAACCUGAAGAUUCAGUUCCGCACGGUAGCCAUGAUGGUCCCGGACCGAGCCAUCAUCAUGAGGGUUAAAUUGGCCAGUGCUGGUUUCCGUGACAACCAGGUCCUAAGCAGGAAGUUCUACACCCUCUACAAACUGUGUGAGGAGCAGCUGUCCAAACAGGUCCAUUAUGAUUUCGGUCUGAGGAACAUUUUGUCGGUUUUGAGGACGUUGGGAGCUGUGAAGCGAUCUAACCCGUCAGAACCAGAGAAGACCGUGGUGAUGAGGGUCCUGAGGGACAUGAACCUCUCCAAACUGGUGGACGAGGACGAGCCUCUGUUUAUGAGUCUGAUCAAUGACCUGUUUCCUGGCAUUGUUUUGGAUAAAGCCGGUUAUCCAGACUUGGAGUCGGCCAUCUUUAAUCAGGCUCAGCAGGCCGGUCUGAUCCCUCACCCGCCCUGGAUCCUCAAACUGGUCCAGCUCUAUGAGACGCAGAGAGACUUGUUGGACUUUGUCUUCACUGCUGUGUCCCCUAAGAUGCAGGUGCUGGAGUGUAUGUACAUCAAACAGACUAUUGACCUGCUGCAGGGUUUGCUCCCCGCAGCGCAGGACAAACAGGGUGGCCAUGAUCAUGUGGGACGCAUGUUUGUCUUUGCGGUCAUGUGGUCUCUGGGUGCACUGCUGGAGCUGGAUGACAGAGCCAAGAUGGAGGCCUUCCUGAAGGCCCACAGCUCAUCUCUGGACCUGCCACCCACUCAGGAUAACCAGACCAUCUUUGAGUUCAUCAUCAGUGAGCAGGGAGACUGGGAGCACUGGUCCAACAAGGUCCCAGAGUAUGUCUACCCCAAAGACCACGUCCCUGACUACUCGUCCAUCCUGGUUCCCAACGUAGACAACGUGAGGACGGACUUCCUGAUGCAGACCAUCAUGAAUCAGAGGAAGGCCGUGCUGCUGAUCGGAGAGCAAGGAACAGCCAAGACCGUCAUGAUUAAAGGCUACACUGGAAAGCUCGACCCAGAGCUCCACCUCAGUAAGACGGUGAACUUCUCUUCGGCCACGCUGCCCGGCAUGUUCCAGAGGACGCUCGAGAGCUACAUCGACAAACGCAUGGGCACCACCUACGGGCCGCCGGCCGGACGCAGGAUGACCGUCUUCAUAGACGACAUCAACAUGCCCGUAAUCAAUGAAUGGGGCGACCAGAUAACCAAUGAGAUUGUGCGUCAGCUGAUGGAGCAGGGAGGUUUCUACAGCCUGGAUCGUCCAGGAGAGUUCAUCACUGUGGUGGAUGUUCAGCUGGUGGCAGCCAUGAUUCACCCCGGCGGCGGUCGGAACGACAUCCCUCAGCGUCUGAAGCGCCAGUUCUCCAUCUUUAACUGCACGCUGCCCUCCAACUCCUCCAUCGAUAAGAUCUUUGUGUACGAGCCAAUCCCAUCGCUGGACCUUCUGGCAGAGCGGCUGUCGGCUUUUCAGCAGCAGUACAACGAGGCGGUGAGAGGCGGAGCCAUGGAUCUGGUCUUCUUCAAGGACGCGAUGAUCCACCUGAUGAGGAUCUCACGCAUCCUGAGGACGCCACAAGGAAACGCCCUGCUGGUCGGGGUGGGAGGGUCGGGGAAGCAGAGCCUGACGAGGCUCGCGUCGUUCAUCGCAGGAUACCAAACCUUCCAGAUCACACUGAGCAGGUCGUAUAGCAGCAGUAACCUGCUGGAGGAUCUGAAGUCUCUGUAUCGGAUCGCCGGUCAGCGCGGGAAAGGCGUCACCUUCCUGUUCAGCGACAAUGACAUCAAAGAAGAAGCCUUCCUGGAAUACAUGAACAACGUCCUGGCGAGCGGUGAAGUUUCCAACCUGUUUGCUCGAGACGAGCUGGAUGACAUCACUCAGGACCUGAUUCCCGUGAUGAAGCGCCAGCAUCCUCGCCGCCCGCCGACGCCCGAGAACCUCUACGACUUUUUCCUGUCCCGCGUGCGGAGCAACCUCCACGUGGUCCUCUGUUUCUCGCCUGUCGGGGAGAAGUUCCGCUCUCGUGCCUUAAAGUUCCCAGGUCUGAUUUCUGGCUGCACAGUGGACUGGUUCCAGCGUUGGCCUCAGGACGCCCUCAUCGCUGUAUCGCAUCACUUCCUGUCUCAGUACCAGGACCUCCGCUGCUCAGAGGAUGUCAAGCAAAGCAUUGUGGUUACCAUGGGAACCUUCCAGGACCUGGUGGCAGAGAAGUGUGGCGAGUAUUUCGAGCGUUUCCGCCGCCAGACGUUUGUGACGCCAAAGUCCUACCUGUCCUUCAUCGACAGCUACAAGCUGGUCUACACGGAGAAGAUCGCUCACGUCGGCACGCUGGCCGAGCGCAUGCAGACAGGUCUCUGUAAACUGAUGGAGGCGGAGCAGUCGGUGUCUCAGCUCUCUGAGGAGCUGCUGGUGAAGGAGAAGGAGCUCGCCGUCGCCUCCCAGAGGGCAGACCAGGUCCUGCAGGAGGUCACGGCCAAAGCUCAGGCUGCCGAAAAGGUGAAGCAGCAGGUGCAGAAGGUGAAGGAUAAAGCUCAGCUCAUCGUGGACGAGAUCGAAGCCGAUAAAAUGGCAGCAGAGUCCAAACUGGAGGCUGCGAAACCGGCUCUGCAGGCUGCUGAGGCUGCCCUACAGACCAUCAAACCAGCAGACAUCUCCACGGUGAGGAAGCUGCAGAAGCCUCCUCAUCUCAUCAUGAGGAUCAUGGACGCCGUGCUGCUGCUGUUCCAGAGAAAGGCUAACCUGGCCAUGCAGGAGGCCCGUCUGCUGGUGGCUCAGGCUGAACUCACUAAGGCUCAGGAACAGCUGGAUGCUAAACAGCUGGAGCUGGACGCGGUGCAGGCGCUUUACGACGCUGCCAUGAAGGAGAAGCAGGACCUGGAGGAUGACGCCCAGGCCUGCCGCCGGAAGAUGGCCAAUGCUCGCGCUCUGAUCGACGGCCUGGGAGGAGAAAAGGUCCGUUGGACCGACAGCAGCGCGGGGUUUCAGACUCAGAUCAAACACCUGGUGGGGGACGUCCUUCUGGCCACAGGCUUCCUGUCCUAUGCCGGCCCCUUUAACCAGGAGUACCGCAGCCUGCUGCUGACGCUGUGGAGGAAAGAGAUGGAGGAGAAGCACCUCCCCUUCAGUCCCGAGCUGAACGUGAUUGGUCUGCUGGUGGACAACGCCACAGUGAGCGAGUGGAACCUGCAGGGUUUACCCAGCGACGACCUGUCCAUCCAGAACGGCAUCGUGGUGACGAAGGCGUCCCGCUACCCGCUGCUGAUAGACCCCCAGGGCCAGGGCAAGACCUGGAUCCAGAACAGAGAGCGAGACCAGCAGCUGCAGGUGACGUCUUUGAACCACAAAUACUUCCGUUCCCACCUGGAGGACAGCCUGUCUCUUGGGCGCCCCCUGCUGCUGGAGGACGUUGGUGAGGAACUGGACCCCGUCCUGGACAACAUACUGGACAAAAACUACAUCAAGUCUGGCUCCACUUACAAGGUGAAGAUUGGAGACAAGGAGGUGGAUGUAAUGAAGGGCUUCACGCUCUACAUCACCACCAAGAUGGCCAACCCAGCAUACAGCCCUGAGGUCAGCGCCAGGACGGCCGUGGUGGACUUCACCGUCACUCAGAGAGGCCUGGAGGACCAGCUGCUGGGACGGGUCAUCCUGCUGGAGAAGCAGGAGAUGGAGGCAGAGCGAGUGAAGCUCCUGGAGGAGGUGACGUCCAACAAGAGGAAGAUGCAGGAGCUGGAGGACAGCCUGCUGUUCAGGCUCACCAGCACACAGGGCUCGCUGGUGGAGGACCAGUCUCUGAUCGAGGUGCUGAGCGUCACCAAGAUCACCGCUCAGGAGGUAAGUGAGAAGCUGACGGUUGCCGCGGAGACAGAGGUGAAGAUUAACCAGGCCAGGGAGGAGUACCGGCCAGUGGCCACCAGGGGGAGCAUCCUCUACUUCCUGAUUGUGGAGAUGUCGCUGGUGAACGUCAUGUACCAGACGUCGCUGCGGCAGUUUCUCGGGCUCUUUGAUUCGUCCAUGCAGAACUCGGCCAGGUCGCAGGUCACCUCCAAACGCAUUAGCAACAUCAUCAGCUUCCUCACCUACCAGGUGUACCGUUACACAGCCAGAGGUCUGUACGAGGAACACAAGCUGCUCUUCACUCUGCUGUUGGCUCUAAAGAUCGACCUGCAGGCCCGAAUCAUCUCGCACGUGGAGGUGCUCACCUUCAUCAAAGGCGGAGCCUCUCUGGACCUGAACUCGGUAGAAUCGAAGCCACGGCGCUGGAUCCUGGACCAGACCUGGCUGAACCUGGUUCAGCUGUCCAGCCUGCCUGCGUUCUUCCAGAUUCUGAACCAGGUGAACCAGAACGAGCGCGCCUGGAAAGCGUGGUUCGACCAUCCAGCGCCAGAAGACGCCCCGCUGCCCGAUGGCUACGAGGAGAAGCUCGACCCCUUCCGGAAGCUUCUGCUCAUCCGGAGCUGGUGCCCCGACCGGACCAUCGCUCAGGCGCGGCGCUACAUCUCAGAGUCUCUGGGCCAACGGUACGCCGAAGGCUCGGUCCUGGACUUGGACACCGUGUUGGCAGAGAGCAACAACCGAACGCCGAUGGUGUGUCUGCUGUCGAUGGGCUCCGACCCGACUGAGAACAUCGAGAGAUUAGCCAAGAAUAAGGGGGCGCCGUGCCAUCCCAUCUCCAUGGGUCAGGGCCAAGAGGUUCACGCUCGCAGGCUAUUGGCCAACAGCAUGCUGGAUGGCGGCUGGCUCCUCCUCCAGAACUGCCACCUGGGACUGGACUUCCUGGAUGAGCUGCUGGAGACGGUCACAUCAGCGGUGCCGGAGAGCGUGCACAAAGAUUUCCGAGUGUGGCUGACGACCGACGUGCACCCCAGGUUCCCCAUCACCUUCCUUCAGUCCUCCAUCAAGUUCACCAAUGAACCUCCUCUUGGCAUGAAAGCCGGUCUGAAGAGAACUUUUAAUGGUGUCACUCAGGACCAGCUAGAGAUCAGCAGCCUGCCUCAGUGGAAGCCUCUGCUGUACGCUGUGGCCUUCCUCCACACCACCGUGCAGGAGCGUCGUAAGUUCGGUCCGCUCGGCUGGAACAUCCCCUACGAGUUCAACCAGGCAGAUUUUACCUCCAGCAUCCAGUUUGUGCAGAACCACCUGGACAACCUGGACGUGAAGAGAGGCGUGAACUGGAGCUGUCUGCGCUACAUGCUCGGUGAAGUCCAGUAUGGCGGUCGGGUGACGGAUGACUUGGACAAACGGCUCCUCAACACGUUCACGCGUGUCUGGUUCAGUGAGAGCACCUUCAGUGAAGCUUUCUGCUUCUUUAAGGGCUACAGCAUCCCUGCCAAGGCCAAGAGCAUCCAGGAGGUCCUGCAGCACAUCGAGGGGCUGCCGCUGGUCGACUCACCGGAGGUGUUUGGACUCCACCCCAACGCUGACAUCACCUACCAGACCAACCUGGCGAAUGACACGCUCAGCACCAUAAUCAACAUCCAACCGAAGGACACCGGAGGCGGGGCCGGGGAGACCAGGGAGGCCAGCGUGCAGAGACUAGCCAAUGAGAUGCUGGAGAAGCUGCCACCUGACUACAUCCCACAUGAGGUCAAAGGUCAACUCCAGAAGAUGGGUCCUCUUCAGCCAAUGAACAUCUUCCUCCGACAGGAGUUGGACCGAAUGCAGCGUGUCAUCAGCAGCGUACGGAGCACGCUCACUGACCUCAGACUGGCCAUCGAUGGGACCAUCAUCAUGUCUGAAGACCUGCGCGACGCCCUCGACAGCAUGUUCGAUGCUCGGAUCCCGCGCCUGUGGCUGAGGCUCAGCUGGCCGUCGGCCACGCUCGGCUUCUGGUUCAGCGAGCUGCUGGAGAGGAACCAGCAGCUCAGCGCGUGGAUCAGCGCCGGCCGGCCCAACCAGUUCUGGCUCACCGGCUUCUUCAACCCGCAGGGUUUCCUGACCGCCAUGCGCCAGGAGACGACACGCUCCAACCUGUCCAGGGGCUGGGCCUUGGACACGGUCACCCUUAGCAACGAUGUCACCAAGAUGAUGAAGGAGGACGUCUCAGCUCCGCCCCCUGAAGAUGUGGGUGGAGUCUAUAUCUAUGGCCUCUUUCUGGAUGGAGCGGGAUGGGACAGACGUGGCGCCAAACUCGUUGAGGCUCCGCCCAAAGUCCUCUUCACCCCCCUCCCUGUGGUCCACGUCUUCGCCGUCAGCUCAGCCAACAUGGCCGACAGUAAGCGUCCCCCUGGCGGCGGGGGGCGGUCACUGUACUCAUGUCCCGUCUACAAGAAGCCUCGACGCACCGACCUGAACUUCAUCUUCUCUCUGCAGCUGAGGAGCCUGCAGCCGCCCGAGCGCUGGACGCUGCGAGGCGCCGCGCUGCUCUGCGACUGCAAGUGAUCCAAACGUUGUUGUUCCACAGACACGGACAGACACUCACCGUGGGGCUCUGCUGCGUCUCACUCAGAC